CAGAAUGACCAGUGCCUGCCAUCGGAAGUGCGUGCCUCCCCACUACAAGGAAGCAGAACUGUCCAAGGGCGAGUCUGUGUGCCUGGACCGCUGUGUCUCCAAGUAUCUGGACAUCCAUGAGCGGAUGGGCAAGAAGUUGACAGAGUUGUCUAUGCAGGAUGAAGAGCUGAUGAAGAGGGUACAGCAGAGCUCUGGGCCCGUGUGAGGCCCCAGACAGUAUAC